AAAGAAAUGGGUUUCAAAAUUAGGAAUGUCAGUGUCAAACAGUCCAGUGAAAAUGUAAGCAACAUUUAAAACUUCAACACUAAUUCAAAACCAGUCCAGACCAAAAACAUCGUAAUGCAGCUUCUUCACGAGCCCAACUCUAUCCCAGUCGCAGUAAGAGACAUGAUGAACCUAAGUGGGAACCCCAAGGAUGGCUCCUGCGAGACCUUUGAGGUAAAGGAGAAGAGGUCUUCAAGCGCCUCCUUGCGUGUCAUGAACCCGGUGGCGAGUGGCGACAACAUGGCCGUGUUGGGGUCCGCGCACAAACUCAAGGAGGAGCUGCCGCCGCUCGUGCCUUGCUGCGAGGGGAAAGAAUUGCAGAUAAACGAGGACCUCGUCCGAAGCGGCCUGUCCGCCAUAUCGGUGAAGCACGACAGCGUCAUACAGUGCCUGAGUAUGUCGCGCGCUUGCGAGAGGAUGCAGGUGCCUCCAGGGCUGGUGAAGCAUCGAAACUCGUUCCGAAGCCUGCACCGUCCGGACCUGAAGCGGGUGCCGUACUUGCGCCGUAUGUCGCCCGAUGAGUUGGAGACCCUCUUCAGAGGCUACGCAGACCUGCCCACGCGUGGGAACAACAAGACUGAAUACCGAGUGGUGCUUCCACCAGAUGAAAAUAUUCGAGCGCGAGAUUUGAAAGACAAAGAAGCAAACUCUCAAGAUGAUGGGAAUGGGGCAAGUGCCCUGCACCCGAUACCAGAGACGCGGUCGGGCGCAGAAGACGUGCCGGCGGGUAUGAGACUACACGGGGCACGCGCGCGUCUCUACACGUCCGUGCUAGCGGGCGCGCGCGCUGGUGAUCAACUGGAGUGA